AUGCUGCCGCCUGUUGCUGCGGUCUUCAGGGUCGGCGCCCGCCGGGCUGCUUCCCGGGCUCUCUCGCGCAUGCCCGUGUCCGCGUCCGCAUCGGCAUCCGCUCCCGCUCCCGCUCCGAGCUCGGCCCGGAGCCCCAACCGCGCCCUCUCCACCACUCGCGCCCUCGCCGCCGCUUCGUCGCCUACCAGAGACAGGACCCGCGAGAUUGUGGCUCAGACUGUUAGCAGCAUUGGCAGCAAGCGCGAGGCCAAGCAGUACCUCGAGCUUUUUUCCACCGUCUCCCAAAACUUUGCCGUCAUCAAGGUCGGAGGCGCCAUUCUUCGGGAGCACCUUGAUGAGCUCUGUAGAAGUCUCCUAUUUCUCUACGAGCUCGGCCUGUACCCGGUCAUUGUUCACGGAGGCGGCCCGCAGCUGAAUCGCCUGUUAGAGGCCGAGGGGGUGGAACCUCAAUUCCAGGACGGGAUAAGAGUAACCGACGCGAAAACCCUCGCUGUCGCCCGGAAGCUCUUCCUGGAAGAGAAUCUACGACUCAUCGAGCACCUGGACUCCCUUGGCGUUGCGACACGCGCUAUAGAGGGGGCUUUCGGGGCAACCUACCUCGACAAGGAGAAGUGGCAGUACGUGGGGAAGAUCACCGAGGUCAGGAAGCAAGCCAUCGAGAGCAGCAUAUCCGCCGGGUACGUGCCCAUCCUCACUUCAAUAGCCGAGGGGGACGAUGGCCACCUCUUAAACGUCAAUGCGGACGUCGCGGCUGCCGAACUCGCCCGCGCGCUCAAGCCCCUAAAGGUUGUCUACCUGUCCGAGAAGGGAGGCCUGUUCAACGGAGAGGGCAAGAAGAUCUCGCAGAUCAACCUGGACGAGGAGUUCAACCACCUUAUGGCCCAGCCCUUCUGCCGUUACGGAACUCGACUUAAGAUCAAUCAGAUCAAGGCGCUGCUCGACGACCUCCCCCGCAGCUCUAGCGUGGCUAUUAUCCACCCUAGUGAUCUCCAGAAGGAGCUCUUCACGGACUCCGGCGCCGGUACACUGAUUCGCCGCGGCGAUAAGAUCCAGAAGGCCACCUCGAUCGACGAAUUCGACAUUGAGAAGCUCAAGGCUACCCUGGUCGGCAACUGCAGGGGCCUUGAUGCCGAGGCCACCGUUGAUCGAUUCAUCGACAUGCUCAAGCAGAGGAAGUUUACCGCCUACUACGACAACGCCAUGCAGUGCCUGGCUAUUGUUAUGCCUCAGGAUGAAAAUCAACCUGUUGCCACCCUGACCACCCUGACUACUACCAAGUCUAGCUGGCUCAGCAAUGUUGUGGAGAACAUCUUUACCGCGAUGAAGAAGGAUCACCCUAUUCUGGUCUGGACCAUCAGCGAGGAGGAUGAGAACCUGACCUGGUUCUUUGAAAAGGCCGACGGCAGCUUCCACAAAAACGGCAGUGUCCUCUUCUACUACGGUUGUGACUUGCGCUCCGAGGCUCUUGUCCCCGUAUACGAGGACUUUGUGUCCAAUGAACGAGCCAUGCUCGGCGACGCCAACAUUGAGUCGUCUCUCCACGCUCGUCCCGGCCCACUCGUGUAA